UGCUUCCUCCGUCUUUGCUUCAGUGCUUCAUACAGGAAAUCUAUUGCUGUGUCAAGUUCCAGAGAAGAGUUUCAUCUGUUCCAAGUUACUAAUCAGUCAAAAACACAUAGAGUUGAAGGAAGGGGCCAGGAGGGAAGGAGUGUCCGGCUGCUGAUGGACUAAGAGGAUUCAGCACGGAGAAGUCAGCCAGAGAGAGCCUCACCAUGCCCACAGCUCCUUUUUCACCUAUGUGGAGGAGAAGGGCUGAGUGAAGGGCGGAAAAGAAGAGAACAGAAAUGCCCUGCUCUUGGAGAACUUCUGACCUGCAGUUACUACUGAUGUUGACUGUCUUCUUAGUGGCUGAGCGCAUAAGUGCAUCAAGCAACUCAACACAGCAACUGGCUUCAUCUAGAAACCUGAACUCUUCACAACUUCCUGCAGAAGUUGAUAUUUCCCUGCCUGUACUGGUGGAUACAAAGGCUGUGCUCUCUUGCUCUCCUAUCCUGUUGACAAAUGUGAUCAUAACAACAUGGGAAAUAUUCCUCGGAGACAAGCCUCCCUGCAUCAGAACCCAACGGAGAGACACAAAUAGGAUCUCAAAAAUAAACUGUACUGACAAGAGAAUGACCUGGCUCUACAGACCUGACCAGAUUCCUGCCCUUCAGAUUGACCCAGUGGCCAUCACUCAUGAAGGGCAUUACAGGUGUAUAGUGGCAGCAUAUGAUGGGAAUUUCUUUUAUGAAUAUCAACUCCAAGUGUUAGUGGCCCCUGAGGCGACCCUGUUUCAAAGUGAGAAUAGAACUGCGGUGUGCAAGGCAGUUGCAGGGAGGCCGGCUGCCCGGAUCUCCUGGACCCCAGGGGGAGAUUGUGUCCCUCAGUAUGAAUAUUGGAGCAAUGGCACAGUGACUGUCCAAAGCACGUGCCACUGGGCAUAUGGCAAUGUGUCUAUUGUGUCCUGCUCUGUCUUCCAUGAGACUGGCAAUUGGAGUCGGUCCAUAGAGCUGAAUCCAGGUGCGAGAACCCUGGUAUUUCCAGUGUCACGCUUACUGAUCAUACUGUAUCUGAAAUCCUCUAUUUUCUUGGUUAUCCUGAUCAUCGUGGGUAUCAUCUACUUCCAGAGGAUAAAUGAUUGCAGAGCACGAGAAUGA